AUGUUCGCGGAGCAGCUCGGCAGCACCAUGGAGGUAUACAUCGACGACAUGCUCGUCAAGUCGCAACGCACCGAGGAUCACAUCGGACACCUCCGCACUUGCUUCGACAGUCUCAACGAGCACGACAUGAAGUUGAACCCCACCAAGUGCACCUUCGCAGUCACCUCGGGAGAGUUCCUAGGAUACAUCGUCACGAAGAGAGGUAUCGAAGCGAACCCCAAGAAGAUAGCGGCCGUUCUGGAACUCCCCUGCUCCGAGGCAACAAAAGUUUCGAAUGAGGCCUUCCAGGAACUGAAGCUCUACCUCUCCACGCCCCCGGUCCCUCGAAAGCCCGAGCCCGGCGUGACGCUCUACCUGUACAUCUCGGUGUCCAGAUCGGCAGUCAGCGGCGUUCUCAUCCGAGAGGACAGAGGGGAUCAGAAGCCGAUGUUCCCCACGAACAAAACGGACCAACCGUCCGCUCCUCGGCACUAA